AUCCCGGCAUGCUAGCUCUGCAGCCCUCAGCCAGGGAGGAGGAGGAGGAGGAGGAGGAGGAGGGAUGAUGAUGAUGAUGGAGCUAAGAUGGCAGCCCAACUGAGGGUGCUGCCUCUCUGGGGUCAAGAAGAAACAUUUAAGGAACGAAUAAAACCCAAACACGACAAGGCGAUUCUUGGAAAUUAAACUCCUCCUGUUCUUGCUUAUUUUAACACGGAAAACCCUGUUAUGGCUUGAGAGAAGAUCUAUCUAUUAUCUCUGGAGAGACAGAGCACCGUGUUGUGACGCUGUGUAACCGGGGAUCGGAAGACCCGUAUAGCUGCACCACCACCACCACCACCAGCUACACAAUCUGCGACCAGUGGAUGCUUAAUUUGUUGUCUAUUUCUGCACCUUGGAAUCAAAAUAAUGUGACGGAUUUAAUGCCAAGGAGGUGGAUUGCACAUCUGAUGGCUAGAUGAUGAUCUAGCUGUGCUCUCUUUUGUGUGAUUUAUGCAUUGUUCUCCAAAAAGACGAUGAUGUGUGCUGCUGCUGCUGCUGCUGCAGCGGCCGCCGGUGGAGGUGUCGGUGUUGGAGGUGGUGGUGUUGGAGCCGGAGGAGGUGGAGGGAUCCUGCCCUCCUCCUCAUCGCCCUCGAUGGGUGUCAGGGUCGUGUCUGGAGCCGGAGCAGAGCUCUCCACCAUCGGUUCAGGGAUGGGGGGAUCUUCUUGUCCGACAGCCGGAGGAGCCCAGUCGGACUGUCGGACUCGGUACCAGCUUUUACUCUCAGGACGAGCUCUGGCUGAGAGGUACAGACGGAUUUACACCACAGCCAUCAACGAUAAAGAGCAGGGGAUCAACCAAGGAAGGGGAAAGAAGGCUUUGAGUAAGAAGAAACUGAAAAGGCGACAGAAGGUCAAGUCAAAAGUCAAAUCAAGAACAAAGGCCGAGAGUCUAGAUGGAGCCCUCUGCGUGCCGGACAUCAAGCUGCACAGCAACCCAUCUGCAUUCAAUGUCUACUGCAACGUGCGGCACUGUGUGCUGGACUGGCAGCAGAGAGAAGCCUCCCUAGUGCUGGCCUCCAGGAGCUCGGCGCAGAGCGGCGACUCAGACAGUGAGGAGGAGGAAGAGUACCGCGAGCCAGCCGUGAAGCUGCCAAAGAUCAUUGGCAUCGGCCUGUGUGGGGUAUUUGAGCUGAUAAAAGAGACUCGGUUCUCUCACCCCUCACUGUGCCUGCGUAGCCUGCAGGCCUUGUUGGACAUGCUGCAGGGACAACAGCCGGAGGGCUUUCAGACUGAGCCUCCUGAUGUGCUAGAGUCGCUUUUCCAGUUGUUGUUGGAGACCACGGUCCGGAGCACAGGGCCCAAUGACCCGACAGGACAGGCCAUCACUGCUCUGUCCUGCGCCUGCCUCUUCAGUCUGGUGGUGGCCUGGGGAGACACUGGCAAAAUCCUGCAGGCCGUCUCUGCCAUCCUCACCAACAACGGCAGCCAUGCCUGCCAGACGAUACAGGUGCCCACCAUACUGAACGCCCUACAGAGGAGUGUGCAGGCUGUCCUGGUGGGAAAGAUUCAAAUCCAGGAUUGGUUCGGGAAUGGCAUCAAGCGCGCCGCCCUGAUGAACAAGUGGAUCCUGAAAGAGGUGGCCAUUGACGAGGAUGAGCGCUGCCUUCUACAGACCGAUGGCUCCUUCCUGUACUUGCUCUGCAAGGACGGACUCUACAAAGUGGGCUCUGGAUACAGUGGCACUGUCAGGGGCCACGUGUACAACUCCACGUCUCGUACCAGGAAUCGAAAGGAGAAGAGAUCAUGGCUGGGCUUUGCUCAGGGGUACUUAUUGUAUCGGGACACAAGUAACCACACAAUGUCAGCCAUCAAGAUCAACCCUGAGACUCUGGAGCAUGAGGGGACUGUCACCAUGCCAGGUCAACAUGCAGAUGGACAGAACAUUAUCUUCACAGACGGAGAAUACAUCAACCAGAUCGCAGCCUGCAAAGACGAUGGUUUUGUGGUGCGGAUCUAUACUAUGAGCUCAGACCCGGCCCUGCAGCAGGAACUGCAGCUAAAGCUGGCAAGGAAAUGUCUGCACGCCUGCGGCAUCUCUCUAUUUGACCUCGAGAAGGAUCUGCACAUCAUCAGUACAGGCUUUGAUGAAGAGGCAGCGUUGCUCGGAGCAGGCAGGGAGUUUGCUUUGAUGAAAACUGCCUCGGGAAAGAUUUACUACACAGGAAAGUACCAGAGCCUGGGUAUAAAGCAGGGUGGCCCGUCAGCAGGGAAAUGGGUGGAAUUGCCCGUCACAAAGUCUCCCAAGAUUGUUCAGUUCUCGGUCGGCCACGAUGGCUCUCAUGCACUGCUAGUGGCCGAAGACGGAAGUGUGUUCUUCACCGGCUCUGCCAGCAAGGGAGAGGACGGAGAGUCCACCAAAAGUCGCAGACAGCCCAAGCCGUACAAACCCAAGAAGAUGAUCAAAUUAGAGACCAAGACAGCAGUGUAUACAGCGUGUAACAAUGGCAGCAGCAGCAUUAUCACCAAGGAUGGAGAGCUCUACAUGUUUGGCAAAGAUGCUAUUUACAGUGACAGCACUUGCCAGGUGACAGACCUGAAAGGUCACUCUGUAACUCAGGUUGCCAUGGGUAAGGCCCAUACGUGUGUUCUGACCAAGGGCGGUGAAGUGUGGACAUUUGGGGUGAAUAACAAGGGCCAGUGUGGCAGAGACACUGGAUCCAUGAGCCAGGCAGGGAAAGCGUUUGGUGUAGAGAGCAUGGCCACAGCCAUGGAUGAAGACCUGGAGGACGAGCUGGAAGAGAAGGAAGAGAAGAGCAUGAUGUGCCAGCCAGGCAUGCACAAGUGGAAGUUGGACCAGUGCAUGGUCUGCACAGUGUGUGGAGACUGCACUGGCUACGGUGCCAGCUGUGUCAGCAGCGGACGGCCAGACAGAGUACCAGGAGGUAUCUGUGGCUGUGGGUCUGGAGAGUCUGGCUGCUCAGCAUGUGGCUGUUGCAAGGCCUGUGCCAGGGAGCUGGAUGGUCAAGAGGCCAGACAGAGAGGCAUAUUUGAUGCAGUGAAGGAGAUGAUUCCACUGGACCUGCUGCUAGCUGUGCCUGUCCCUCCCCCUCCAGGAGUGAACAUCGAGGAGCACAUUCAGAUCCGUCAGGAGGAGAAACGACAGAGGAUCAACCGCCGGCACAGGCUGGAGGAGGGCAGAGGCCCCCUUGUUUUUCCUGGUCCCAUUUUUAUGAACCAGCGUGAGCAGGCCCUAGCCAGAAUAAGACCCCUUCAGGCACUAAGGCAUAAACGGGACAAGCACAAAGAUGGUAGCAGCGAGCGCGGAGAGAAGGAUGCCAGCAAAAUCACCACCUACCCCCCAGGGGCAGUGAGAUUUGACUGUGAGCUGCGAGCUGUGCAGGUCAGCUGCGGAUUUCACCACUCAGUGGUGCUGAUGGAGAAUGGAGAUGUCUACACGUUUGGUUACGGCCAACAUGGGCAGCUUGGACAUGGAGAUGUAAACUCCAGGGGUUCUCCAACUCUGGUGCAGGCCCUUCCAGGUCCCAGUGUACAGGUGACAGCAGGCAGUAACCACACAGCCGUUCUCCUCAUGGACGGGCAGGUCUUUACAUUUGGCAGCUUCUCGAAAGGACAGCUGGGCCGGCCCAUCCUGGACAUGCCCUACUGGAAUGCCAAGCCAUCUCCCAUGCCCAACAUUGGUGCCAAAUAUGGACGAAAGGCUACCUGGAUCGGUGCCAGCGGAGACCAGACGUUCCUGCGGAUCGAUGAGGCUCUUAUCAACUCCCAUGUCCUAGCUACUUCAGAGAUCUUUGCCAGCAAACACAUUAUUGGCCUUGUGCCCUCCUCUGUGUCUGAGCCGCCUCCAUUUAAAUGUUUGCUUAUCAACAAAAUGGAUGGAAGCUGCAGGACCUUCAAUGACUCUGAGCAGGAGGACCUGCAGGGAUUUGGCCUGUGUCUGGACCCUGUAUAUGAUGUUAUAUGGAGGUUCCUGCCUGCUGCAAAAGAGAUGUUGUGCUACAAUGCAGUGAUAGCUGAUGCCAGGAUGCCCUCUGCUACAGACCUGCAGGCUCGCUGUAGCAUCCUUAGUCCAGAGCUUGCGUUGCCCUCAGGAUCACAUGCCACCACUACUCGCUCUCAUGGAGCCCUACACAUCCUUGGUUGCCUUGAUACACUGGCGGCCAUGCAAGAACUGAAGAUGGGUGUAGCCAGUGCAGAGGAAGAAACCCAGGCAGUGAUGAAGGUCUACUCCAAGGAGGACUACAGUGUGGUGAACCGCUUUGAGAGUCACGGUGGUGGUUGGGGUUACUCAGCCCACUCUGUGGAGGCCAUCCGAUUCUGUGCUGAUGCAGACAUCCUGCUGGGUGGGCUGGGUCUGUUCGGGGGACGAGGGGAGUACACUGCCAAGAUCAAGCUUUUUGAGCUGGGACCUGACGGGGGUGACCACGAGACAGACGGUGAUCUGCUGGCUGAGACUGACGUGCUGGCAUAUGACUGUGCUGCCAGGGAGAAAUAUGCCAUGAUGUUUGAUGAGCCGGUGCUGCUGCAGCUGGGCUGGUGGUAUGUGGCGUGGGCCCGAGUGUCUGGACCCAGCAGUGACUGUGGCUCCCACGGACAGGCUACCAUUACUACUGAUGAUGGUGUGGUCUUUCAGUUCAAAAGCUCUAAGAAGUCAAACAACGGUACAGAUGUUAAUGCGGGUCAAAUACCUCAGCUACUUUACAGGCUUCCUUCAAAUGAUGGCAAUGCAGCUAAAGGGAAACAGCAGACCAGUGAACCAGUCCAUAUCCUUAAACGCUCAUUUGCUCGUACCGUCUCUGUGGAGUGUUUUGAGUCUCUGCUGAGUGUCCUUCACUGGAGCUGGACCACCUUGGUUUUGGGUGUAGAGGAGCUGCGAGGGCUGAAGGGCUUCCAGUACACAGCCACCCUGCUGGACCUGGAGAGACUGCGCUUUGUUGGCACGUGCUGCCUCCGCCUGCUCAGGGUCUACAUCUGUGAGAUCUUCCCCAUUGCUGCCAGCACCAAAGCUGUGGUGGAGGAGUCGAGCAAGCUGGCCGAGUGCGUGGGAAAGACGCGCAGCCUGCUGAAGAAGAUCCUGUCAGAAGGCAUGGACAACUGCCUGACCAAGCUGGACAACGACCCGCAGGGCUACUUGUCUCAACCUUUGACCCUACUGGAAGCUGUGCUGCAGGAGUGCCACAACACCUUCACUGCCUGCUUCCACUCUUUCUACCCAACCCCAGCUCUGCAGUGGGCCUGCCUCUGUGACCUGCUCAACUGCCUAGACCAGGACAUUGCUGAGGCCAACUUUCGCACGUCCAGCAGCCGUCUGCUGGCGGCGGUAAUGUCAGCUCUGUGCAACACCUCAGUCAAGCUGACAUCCAUCCUGCCUAUUGCAUAUGACGGGGAAGUGCUGCUGCGUUCUCUGGUCAAACAAGUCAGCACAGAGAAUGACUCUGCCCUCGCUCACCGCUUCCCCCUGCUGGUUGCCCACAUGGAGAAACUAAGCCAUACGGAGGAGAACCUGAUGGGCAUGACCAGUUUCCGGGAGGUACUGGAGAAGAUGCUGGUGAUUGUGGUGCUGCCUGUGAGGAAGAGUUUGAGGAAGGAGGUGGAGCUGUUCUCUCCACACCUGGUCUCCAACACCUGUGGUCUGCUGGCCUCCAUCGUCUCUGAGCUCACCGCCUCUGCCCUGGGCUCUGAGGUUGAUGGGCUGAACUCGCUCCACUCCGUGAAAGCAUCCCCUAACCGUUUCACCAAAACGAGCCAGGGCCGGAGUUGGAACACGGGCAACGGCUCUCCGGAUGCCAUCUGUAUGACAGUGGACAAGCCAGGCGUUGUGCUGGUCGGCGUCUGCGUCUACGGAGGAGGGGGCAUCCAUGAGUAUGAACUAGAGGUGCUGGCUGAUGAUGCGCAGACAGAGCACCCAGGGGACUCGGCACAUUCUCACAGGUGGACGUCCCUGGAGCUGGUGAAGGGCACCUACAGCACUGAUGAUUCUCCCAGUGAUAUUGCUGAGAUUCGCAUGGACAAGGCAGUGCCACUGAAGGAGGGGGUAAAGUAUGCUGUGCGUUUACGGAACUACGGCAGCCGGACAGCUAAUGGGGACGGAGGUAUGACCACAGUGCAGUGCUCUGAUGGUGUGUCCUUCACCUUCAGCACCUGCAGCUUGAGUAGCAAUGGCACCAAUCAGACCAGAGGACAGAUCCCACAGGUUCUUUACUACAGGAGUGAGUACGAUGGGGAUCUCCAGUCUCAGCUGCUGAGUAAAGCCAAUGAGGAGGACAAGAACUGCAGCAGAGCUCUAUCUGUGGUCAGUGCUGUGGUCAGAGCUGCAAAGGACCUGCUUCACAGAGCUUUUGCUGUCGACGUGGAUGACAUUCCUGAGCUACUAAGUUCCUCCAGCCUGUUCUCCAUGCUCCUGCCCCUUAUCCUGGCCUACAUCGGCCCUGUGGCUGCAUCUGUACCUAAGGCUGCUGUUGAGGUCUUUGGACUCGUUCAGGAGCUGUUACCUGCUGUCUCUGCCCUCAACCAAAAGUAUGCCCCACCCACCUUCAAUCCCAACCAGUCAACAGACAGCACGACUGGCAACCAGCCUGAGCAGGGCCUGUCAGCUUGUACCACCUCAAACCACUACUCUGUAAUUGAGAGUGACCACCCUUACAAACAAGCCGGCGUCACACAAUACAGGGUAUCAUUCCCAGACUGUGUCCGCUGGACCACCAUCGAGUUUGAUCAACAGUGUGGCACUGCACAGCCAGAGGACGUCCUGCGCCUGCUCAUCCCCAGCCGUACACUCCACCUGUCCAGCCUGGGGGGCAAACCUUUGAUCCAUGACACCAUCAACACCUGGACUGACCUCAAGAAGUUCUCUGGAUCCACAGGCUGGCCAACCACCGUCUUAGUGCUGCCAGGAAAUGAAGUUCUGUUCUCACUGGAAACAGCGUCGGACUACGUUAAAGAUGAGAAAGCUUGCUUUUAUGGCUUCAAGUGUGUGGCUGUGGGAUAUGAAUUCAACCCUGGUCCUGAUGAGGGUAUCAUCCAGCUAGAGAAAGAGUUAGCCUACCUGGGCAGUGUCUGUGCUGCAGCUCUGAUGAAGAAAGACCUGGCCCUCCCUAUAGGCAAUGAAUUGGAGGAGGAUCUUGAGAUCCUUGAGGAAGCUUCUCUUCAGGUGUGUAAGUCCCACUCUGGGAUCCUGGGUAAGGGUCUGGCCUUGUCUCACUCCCCCACCAUCCUGGAGGCCUUGGAGGGAAACCUGCCCCUGCACCUCCAAACCAAUGAGCACUCUUUCCUUGAGGACUUCAUCACCUGUGUACAGACCUCAAGUGGAGGACGUCUGGCCAGGUGGCUGCAGCCAGACUCUUACGCAGACCCCCAGAAGACAUCUCUGAUCCUGAACAAAGACGACAUACGCUGUGGAUGGCCGACCACCGUGGUCGUACAGACCAAAGACCAGUAUGGAGAUGUGGUGCACGUUCCUCACAUGAAGGUGGAGGUAAAGGCUGUACCUGUCUCACAAAAGAAGUCCAUGCACCCUGACAACGUUAAGAGGCUGCAGCGGCUACCUGGAAGCUCCUCGCCUUCGUCUUCUGGCCCUGACCUGACCUUUGGAGGUUUGCCAAUGCCCAAGCUGGAGGCCACGUACGAGCCCAUGAUAGUGAAAGAGGCUCGAUACAUUGCUAUCACCAUGAUGAAGGCUUAUGAAAACUACUCAUUUGAAGAGCUGCGCUUUGCUUCCCCCACCCCAAAGAGACCCAGUGAGAACAUGCUGAUCCGUGCCAACACUGACGGAACAUACAGCGCCAACUGGACUCCAGGAGCAGUGGGCCUCUAUACAAUCCACGUCACCAUUGAUGGCAUUGAAAUAGAUGCUGGUAUGGAGGUAGAAGUCAAAGACCCUCCCAAAGGCAUGAUACCACCAGGCACUCAGAUGGUCAAACCAAAGGCUGAACCUCAGCCUAACAAGGUCCGCAAAUUUGUGUCCAAGGACAGCGCAGGCCUGCGUGUGCGUAGUCACCCCUCCCUGCAGAGUGAACAGAUAGGCAUAGUGCAUGUCAAUGGCACCAUCACUUUCAUUGACGAGAUCCACAAUGAUGAUGGUGUGUGGCUCAGGCUCAAUGAUGAAACAUUAAAGAAGUAUGUUCCCAGCAUGAAUGGGUACACUGAAGCCUGGUGCCUCUCUUUUAACCAGCACCUGGGCAGGAGCCUACUGGUCCCAGCCGACAAUGUCUUUAACGCUAGCCAAGGAGUCAGGGAUAUCGGCUUUUUGUCGUGGACCCCCUUAACUAUAUUCCCGCCACAGGAGGUCAGGGGCCAAUCGGAGGAGAACGUAAAGGAGGUGAGCAGCUGCCCUUCCCACGAGGCCCCCAUUCGGGUGCAGAACAGGGCAGGGCAGGGCGGCGGCCCGGGGCUUUAUAAGGUAGUGAAGACCGGCCCCUCUGGUCACAACAUCAGAAGCUGCCCAAACCUUAGGGGUAUCCCCAUUGGAAUGUUAGUUCUUGGCAACAAGGUCAAGGCCAUAGGCGAGGUGGUCAACUCAGAGGGGACCUGGGUACAGCUGGAUAAGAACAGUGUAGUGGAGUUCUGUGAGAGCGAUGAAGGAGAGGCCUGGUCAUUGGCCAGAGACCGCGGUGGAAAUCAGUACCUUCGCCACGAGGACGAACAAGCACUGCUUGAACACGGGGCCCAGACCCCACCACCCAGCCCUUUCUCUGUGCAGGCCUUCAACAGAGCCACAACUUCAAAUGGAGCGCAGGGCUUCGACUAUGGCAUCUCCAACAACAAAGGUGACCGGUUGAGUGCCAUACUGAAUUCCAUUCAGUCUGGGCCCUUCCUCUCAGCAGCUCCCUCCUCCUCCGUAUUUGAGCAAGCCGCCCAACCUCCUCCCUCCUCCUCCCUUGUCCACAGCCCAUUUGUGUUUGGACAAUCCCCCUCCCAACUGUCUCAGCCACAACCACAGCUUCUGAGUGAGCGAGGGAACAUGAUGCCCGGGGCUCGGCCCAUGUCCCCAGCCUCCAAACACCGCCAGGAGAACCGAUCUCCCAAACAGGAGAGUCGGGGAAGCCGCUCAUCCGAACAGAGCAGGAGCAAGACGGGGGAGGGUGUACUCUCGGCCAGCGAAGCCCUAAUCCUGCGGUCGGACACGGCUAAACUGAGGUCUGACUCUCACAGCCGCUCUCACUCGCCCAAUCACAACACUCUGCAGGCCCUAAAGGCAGAUGGUAGAACCCCGGGACUUCGUGCCGAGUCCCCCAACCCUGGCUCCCGCUCCUCGUCUCCCAAACAAAAAGGCGUAUCCUCUUCAGGCAGGUCUAGUCCGUCCAGCACCUCCUCCCAGAACUCCUCUUCAGCCAACCAUGACAAGAACCUCCCAACUAAAGUUAGCCCUUCCUCCAAAGCCCGGCUGGACCCUCCCAGAGAGAGGUCCAAAUCAGAUUCAUACACUCUGGACCCAGACACUCUUAGAAAGAAGAAGGUUCCACUUACAGAGCCCCUUAGAGGCAGGUCUACCUCUCCCAAACCUAAACUGUCUCCUAAAGAUCCAAAUCAAGAAGUGAUGAGUAAUGCGGAGAACCGUGUUCCUUCUCCACACGUGACCCAGGAGAACCUCCACAGUGAAGUGGUGGAGGUGUGCAGCUCCAGUGCUCUCCUCUCCGAGGAUGGCAAUGAUGAGAACUCAGAGGCUCAAAAUUCUGAAGAUGGAUCAUCCAAGGUGCACUUUAGCAUCGGCAAAGCCCCUGUCAAAGAGGAAGUAGAGAGUCGCGCAUCACCCAAAGUCAGCCGCAAAACCUCCAGUCGACACACGCGCCCUAAGAAGGACAAAUCUGGGCCUCUGUUUAAAGGCGAGAGUACAUCCAGGGCCACAGAGCCCGCCAAACAGGCCAUGUCACCUUCUGUGGCCGAGUGUGCACGAGCAGUCUUCGCAGCAUUCCUGUGGCAUGAAGGUAUCGUCCACGACGCCAUGGCCUGCUCCUCCUUCCUCAAGUUCAACCCAGACUUAACCAAAGAGCACGCCCCCAUCCGCAGCUCCCUGGGACAGAAUGCUGAGGAGAAGGAGAACAAGUUAAAGAACCGCCACUCAUUAGAAAUUUCCUCCGCACUUAACAUGUUUAACAUCGCUCCACAUGGCCCAGACAUCUCCAAAAUGGGAAGCAUCAACAAAAAUAAGGUGCUAUCCAUGCUGAAAGAACCUCCGCUGCCAGAGAAGUGUGAGGAGGGGAAAGGAGAUGCCAAUUCCUAUGAGAUGACUUCUCAUCCCGCUAUGAGGGCAAAGUCAAUCUUACCGUUGACGUUGCAACAUCUGGUGGCAUUCUGGGAGGACAUCUCUAUGGCCACCAUCAAGGCAGCCACUCAGAAUAUGAUCUUCCCCAGCCCAGGGUCCAGUGCCAUCCUCAAAAGGAAGGAACAUGAGAAAGACGGUAAAAAGGCAAAGAAGGAGAAGAAGAAGAGGGAGAAGGCGGAGGUGCGUCCAAGAGGGAAUCUGUUUGGAGAGAUGGCACAGCUCGCCAUGGGUGGACCAGAGAAAGACACUAUCUGUGAGCUGUGCGGGGAAUCUCACCCUUACCCAGUCACCUAUCAUAUGAGACAGGCUCACCCAGGUUGUGGCCGCUAUGCUGGAGGCCAAGGCUACAACAGCAUUGGCCACUUCUGUGGUGGUUGGGCUGGGAACUGUGGAGAUGGAGGCAUAGGAGGCAGCACCUGGUACCUGGUGUGUGAUCGCUGUCGGGAAAAAUACCUGAGAGAGAAACAGACUGCCGCCAGGGAAAAGGUGAAGCAAUCCAGGAAGAAACCCCUGCAGGUGAAGACUCCAAGGGCGCUGCCCACCAUGGAGGCCCACCAGGUGAUUCGGGCAAACGCUUUGUUCCUGCUCUCCCUCAGCAGUGCCGCCGAGCCCAGCAUGCUGUGCCACCACCCUCCCCGGCCCCUGCACUCCCAGCUGCUUCCUAGCCUCAAGGAGGGCGUGUCGGACGAACUCCCCAAUAAAAUGGGCUGCCUCUACCUUCAGACACUAGCUAGACAACACACUGAGAACUUUGGGGCCUACCAAGACGAUAAUCUCUUCCAAGAUGAGAUGAGGUAUUUGCGCUCAACAUCUGUUCCUGCACCUUACAUUUCAGUCACCCCUGAUGCCUGUCCCAAUGUGUUUGAAGAACCAGAGAACAACAUGAAAUCAAUGCCCCCCAGUCUUGAGACCAGUCCCAUCACAGACAGCGAUACAGCUAAGCGCACAGUGUUUCAGAGGUCUUACUCAGUCGUAGCAUCCGAGUAUGACAAGCAACACUCGCCUUCUCCGGCCCGGGUCAAAGCCGUGCCCAGGCGCAGGGUUCACAGCGGUGAUGCAGAGGUGGGAUCUUCCCUGUUACGGCACCCGUCUCCGGAGCUAUCCAGGCUGAUCUCGGCCCACGGCUCCCUCAGUAAGGGGGAGAGGAACUUCCAGUGGCCUGUCCUGGCUUUUGUUAUCCAGCACCAUGACCUGGAGGGCCUGGAGGUGGCCAUGAGGCAUGCACUGAGGAAGUCUGCCUGCAGGGUGUUUGCCAUGGAGGCCUUCAACUGGCUGCUGUGCAAUGUGAUCCAGACCACAUCCCUGCACGACAUCCUUUGGCAUUUUGUAGCAUCUCUCACCCCAUCGCCCUUUGAACCUGAGGACGAGGAAGAAGACGAGAACAAGGGGAACAAAGAAAACGUGGAACAGGAAAGAGACCUUGGCGUUUGUGAACACCCUCUGUCAGACAUUGUUAUCGCUGGGGAGGCAGCUCAUCCUCUCCCCCACACCUUCCACCGCCUCCUACAGACCAUCUCUGACCUCAUGAUGUCACUUCCUAGUGGCAGCUCACUUCAGCAGAUGGCGCUUAGGUGCUGGAGUCUCAAGUUCAAGCAGUCCGACCACCAGUUCCUCCACCAGAGCAACGUUUUCCAUCACAUCAACAACAUCUUGUCCAAGUCAGAUGAUGGAGACAGCGAGGAGAGCUUCAACAUCAGUGUGCAGUCAGGCUACGAAGCAAUGAGCCAGGACCUCUGCCUGGUGACCUGUCUGAAGGAUCUGACCAGUGUAGUAGACAUCAAGACGUCCAGUCGCCCCGCCAUGAUUGGAAGCCUAACAGACGGCUCCACAGAGACCUUCUGGGAGUCUGGAGAUGAGGACAAGAACAAAACCAAGAGCAUCACCAUCAGCUGUGUGAAGGGCUUAAACGCCUCCAAUGUGACGGUUCAUGUGGACAACUCCAGAGACAUCGGGAACAAAGUCACAUCAGUUACAUUCCUAUGUGGAAAAGCAGUAGAGGACCUCUGCAGAAUCAAACAGGUUGACCUGGACUCGCGUCACAUGGGCUGGGUGACAAGUGAGCUUCCUGGAGGGGAUCAUCAUGUGAUCAAGGUGGAACUGAAAGGACCGGAGAACACCCUGAGGGUGCGCCAGGUGAAGGUCCUCGGCUGGAAAGAGGGCGAGAGCAUCAAGAUCCUAGGACAGAUCUCAGCCAGCAUGGCCCAGCAGAAGAACUGUGAGGCCGAGACUCUCCGAGUGUUUCGCCUCAUCACCUCGCAGGUCUUUGGAAAACUUAUCUGCGGAGAUGCAGAGCCGACUCCAGAGCAGGAGGAGAAAAACCUCCUUUCGUCACCCGAAGGAGAAGACAAGGCACCGUCUGAUGCAGACCUUAAAGAGCACAUGGUGGGAAUCAUUUUCAGCAGGAGCAAACUCACCAACCUCCAGAAACAGGUAUGCGCGCACAUCGUCCAGGCCAUCCGUAUGGAGGCCACACGCGUGAGGGAGGAGUGGGAGCACGCCAUCUCCAGCAAAGAGAACGCUAACUCCCAGCCCAGUGACGACGACGCCUCCUCAGACGCCUACUGCUUUGAGCUCCUGUCCAUGGUGCUGGCCCUGAGCGGCUCAAACGUCGGCCGCCAGUACCUAGCUCAGCAGCUAACACUCAUGCAAGACCUGUUUUCUCUGCUGCACACGGCUUCCCCCAGAGUACAGAGACAGGUCACAUCGUUGCUUAGACGCGUCCUUCCAGAGGUUACACCCGUACGACUUGCCAGCAUCAUCGGGGUGAAGGCUCUGCCGCCAGCGGACAUCAGCGACAUCAUACACUCCACAGAAAAAGGCGACUGGAACAAGCUCUGCAUCCUCGACAUGUUCCUGGGCUGCAUCGCAAAAGCCCUCACUGUGCAGCUGAAAGCCAAAGGCACCACCAUCUCUGGCACGGCCGGCAUGGCUGCAGGCAAAGGGGUCACCACCGUCACGCUGCCCAUGAUCUUCAACUCCAGCUACAUCCGCAGGGGAGAGAGCCACUGGUGGAUGAAAGGCUCCACUCCUCCUCAGAUAGCAGAGAUCAUCAUAAAGCUGGUUAAAGACAUGGCAGCUGGCCACCUUUCAGACGGUUGGUCCAGAGUCACCAAAAAUGCAAUAGCUGAGACCAUCAUAGCCCUGACCAAAAUGGAGGAGGAGCAUCGGUCUCCUGUACGCUGUAUCGCCACCACAAGGCUGUGGCUAGCCUUGGCUUCACUGUGUGUGCUGGACCAGGACCAUGUCGACAGGCUGUCCUCUGGUCGCUGGAUGGGCAAAGAUGGACAGCAGAAGCAGAUGCCUAUGUGCGACAAUCACGACGAUGGCGAGACAGCAGCCAUCAUCCUGUGUAACAUGUGCGGCAACCUCUGCACCGACUGUGACCGCUUCCUCCACCUGCACCGACGCACGCGCUCUCACCAGAGACAGGUGUUCAAGGAGGAAGAGGAGGCCAUAAAGGUGGAUCUCCAUGAAGGCUGUGGGAGGACCAAGCUCUUCUGGCUCAUGGCUCUGGCCGACUCUAAGACCAUGAAAGCUAUGGUGGAGUUCAGAGAGCACACAGGUAAACCAGCCUCAAGCAGCUCCGAUGCCUGCAGGUUCUGUGGUACGAGGAAUGGCACCGAGCUGUCUGCAGUGGGCAGUGUCUGCUCAGACCCAGACUGCCAGGAGUAUGCUAAACUGGCCUGCAGUAAAACUCAUCCUUGUGGACACCCCUGUGGCGGAGUCAAGAAUGAGGAGGCCUGCCUUCCGUGUCUGCACGGCUGUGACAAGAACACUGGCUGUCUGAAACAGGACGCAGACGACAUGUGCAUGAUCUGCUUCACGGAGGCCCUCUCUGCUGCUCCUGCAGUACAGCUGGACUGCACUCACGUGUUCCACCUUCAGUGUACUCGUCGUGUUCUUGAAAAUCGCUGGCUCGGGCCCCGAAUCACUUUUGGGUUCAUGUUGUGUCCCAUUUGCAAGAACAAAAUCAAUCACUCGGUGAUCAAGGACCUGCUGGACCCCAUCAAGGAGCUCUAUGAGGAUGUGAGGAGAAAGGCUCUGAUGAGGCUGGAGUAUGAGGGUCUACAUAAGAGCGAGGCAAUAACCACACCAGGAGCACGUUUCCACAACGACCCUGCAGGCUUUGCCAUGAACAGAUAUGCAUACUAUGUCUGCUUCAAGUGCAAGAAGGCCUACUUUGGGGGAGAGGCUCGCUGCGAUGCGGAGGCCGGACAGGGAGAUGACUACGACCCCAGUGAGCUGAUCUGUGGAGCAUGCUCAGAUGUCUCCAGGGCUCAGAUGUGCUCCAAGCACGGCACAGACUUCCUGGAGUAUAAAUGCCGGUACUGCUGCUCGGUGGCUGUUUUCUUCUGUUUUGGCACCACACACUUCUGCAACGCCUGUCAUGAUGACUUCCAGAGGAUGACCAGUGUCCCCAAGGAGGAACUACCCCAUUGUCCUGCAGGGCCCAAAGGCAAACAGCUGGAGGGUACUGAGUGUCCUUUGCAUGUGGUCCACCCACCAACGGGGGAGGAGUUCGCCCUGGGCUGUGGGGUGUGCAGAAAUGCCCACACCUUCUAAACAACACAAGACUUCUACUGAAAACCAGUUUGUCUACUGUGAUUUCUGGCUGCUGCUGAAGCUCAGCCAUGAAGCUUGGCUCUUUGCAUUGUCAAGUCUCCUGGACACCGGACCAGGUUUCUAUCCUCCGCCAAGAGUCCUCAGGUCUGCUCCCUCUACCAACAUCAAUAUCCGGGGCUCCGCUACAAACACGAGCUGUGGCUCCUUUUGGAUUCAGAGUAACCUGAAUGGGGGAAAAAAAAGAACAAUAGAAUUUUAAAAAAGAAGAAAAAAAAAAAGAAAAUAUCUUGUGACGUGUUUGCAUGCGGCCGUUGUAUUCCCUCGGCUUCUAUAGACGUUGCACACCUCCUGAUCACUGAAAGUGUAACAAUACAAGAUUAAACAUUGAAUAUGAAAUAAAUUUUGCUUAAAAGGCAACUGUGGAUCAGCGUGGUUUAAAAAAAAAGAAAAAAAAGGAACAGGCCGUCUUUCCAGCUUCCUAACUAUAAAUUUAAAAUAUUGUUGUAUGUAAACUUUUUUCGUAAUCUUGUACAGUAUUCUCCACUGUCAAGUGCAUCAUGGGUUGACGGACAAAAAAAGAAGGUGGAUAAGACUGUUAAGAAUAUUAUGUUCGGGAGGAAAAUAGUGUACGAUUUAUCUAAUCUUGUAUAUAAUGAUACUAUUCAAAAUAGCUGUAUUCCGAAGUUGCUACUCUUCACUUCAGUUUUGUUUGAUAUUCUGGGUUAUGUUUUGAGCCAGAACUUUUAAUGAAGUGCAAUACUGGGUGUGCCUCCUAUUUUGCAGCUGUUUAACCUAUGGAAUGUAUGUCAAUAAAGCCACUGUACAUUUUUAUACAGUAGACGGUCGUAAUUCCCCCUCUUCUAAAUGUCAGAUCUCCUCUGUUGUCUGGAUAUGAGAAGGAGGAGCCUGGCGCCUGCAGUGAAUGAUGGUGGAUGUAAAUCCUAUUUUGCAGCUCUGUCAAACAAAAAAAAAGAAAAAAGAAAGAAGUACCAAAAUCCUACAGUAAUACAAAAACAAACAAAAAACCUCACAGUGAGACUGAUUACAGCUGAAUGAUUUGAGGGGCCAGUCUUCACACCAAAUAAAAUUGUGCACCUGUAAUGCUUUUCCCUAGUAGGAGGCAGGGGGAUCGGGGGGGUCAGGGGAACAGAGUGUGGAAAAAAAGCUGCUGUUAUAUAUAAAAAAGCUUAAUACUUGUGAAUCUGCUCUGUAAUAUCUGUGGUGGAUGGAGUUGAAUGGUAAUAAACCAGGUUCUCUGUUUCGCAAAGUA